AUAUAUACUAGCAGCAAUGUCUAAGUAUAAAGAACUCUUAGAGCUUGGUGAUAAGCAACUUCUAGAUAAAAAGAACUACACUGAAGCUGAAAGGCUGUAUAAUGAGGCAAUGAAGUUACAACCCUUUGGAAUUGAUGCGAUAAAUGCCUUGAUGGUUAGUAAGAGGUUGAUGAAGACAGAGGUUGAUUCUACCCUACUUUCGAAGGCACUUAAAGCUGUAGAGAAGCACCCAAAGCAUUUCUUGACUCUUUUUAAUAUCUCUCUUGUGUACCUUGAAAGAGCAGAUUAUGCCAAUGCUCAUGAAUAUCUUAAGAGAGCUUAUAAAAUUCAGAAUGGGAAUCUUCAGCUUUUAUAUAAUCUUGCUUUUUGAAAACAAGAGUUGAAAGAUUACAGUAGUGCUAUUGAGCUGUAUGAUAAAAUCAUUGAAAAAGAUCCUGAGCAUCACAAAGCAAUCACUCAUUUAGCAAUCUGCCACCAUUAUUUGGGGCAAACUGAAGAGGCAGCGAAACGGAUCAGAAAAUGCAUUGAAAAUGGGAAUCCUGACGCAAAGCUUUAUGUCAAUAUGGGAAUUUUGCUCAAAUAAAAUGAAGCAGUAUGAUGAGGCCCUAGAAUAUUUUGAUAAAUCUCUUGCUAUGUCUCCAAAUUUCCAUGCAAUGUACAACACAGCUACAUUGUACUUUGAGAAACAUGAAUAUGAGCAAGCUUUCGAAUGGUUCGAGAAAUCUAAGGAAUUCACAAAGCAUAAUCACGAAAUAAAGCUUGCAGAGCUAGGCACAGCCACUGUCCUGGAGAAGGAGAGAAAUUAUGACGAAGCAAUGGCAAUUUAUAAAAAGCAUGGCCUUAAAGAUAAGAUAGAUGCAUGCAAAGCAUCUCAGAUUAGAUACCAGAAGAGACUUAAAAUGCAAGAAAAGCAAAACCAGAAAGAUUCAGAAGAUGAAAAUAUGGAAGAUACAAAGAAGGAAGAAACAAAGAUGGAAGAAACUAAUGCAAUACCAGUGGCAGCUCCUGUUUUGGUAGAUAUUCCGAUUGAAGAAGAAAAGAAAGAAGAGAUUCCAGAUCAGAUUGUAAAAGAGAUUAAAGAAGAUUCAGUUCAUCAAUCACAAAAUUUACAAGAAGAACCUUCAAAUUCUCUAAAUGAUCCAACAAAUACUCUAAAAGAACACCCUCAAGAGAUACCUCCAAACCCUUCCAUGUCAGAAAAGCUCUCAGACAACGAUAAAAUCGAAAAUUCACCAAAUCUCGAAUCUAAUCAAAAAUCCCAAAAAGACCUAGAGCUUGCUGCUCAAAAAGCUGAAGAACAGCAUCUAAAACAGGAACAACUGCUUCUCGAAGAGAAGCAGAAACAAGAAGAGCUCAAGCAAAAGCUCGAAACCCAGAAACAAGAGCAAGAACUGCUCAAGAAGCAGCAUGAGGCUGACCUCCAAAAACAGAAGGAAGAACUUGCCUUAAAAGAAAAGCAAGAAAAAGAACGAAUCCUUAAGGAAAAACACGACCAAGAACUACUUGAGCAGGCACGUCUUGAGAAACAGCGACUUGAGAAGGAAAAACUUGAGAAAGAACAACUUGAGAAGGAAAAACAAGAACAAGCCAAGCAGAAAGAGAUAGAACAGAAGAGACUUAUAGAAAAGAAGAAGGAAGAAGAGAUGAAGAGAAAGCAGGAUGAGGAGAGACAGGAACAAGAGAGACAAAAGAAAGAGAAACAGAGGAAGGAAGAAGAGCAAAAGAAACAAGAGGAAGAAAAGAAGCAGAAAGAAGAGAAGAAGAGUACAAAAACUGCUGUAAUGGAGAGUAAGCUGUCUGAGAAGAGGUCUUCAAAGAAAUCUCCCAGUGAGAAAAAUGAGGAUGUUGAUCCUAAUGAUAGCUAUAUCAGAGACCCAGAGCCUAGCAAAAUUGAAGAAACCCCUGCGCGGUUGGUCAACAGAAAGUUAGUUUCAAGCAGUGUCACUGGAUCAAGACAUGUUAAAAACAAAGGGUCUGAACUGAAAAUCGAUAAGGCAUCUGUUAGCAACUCUAUGAUGGGAAUAGAAGACAGUAAGGAAGACACCUUGCAGCAAGAGCAAAAUCUUGAUCUCCACAUGGCAGUUCAUGAAGAAGAUGCUGAACAUCAAGAAGAUAUGGAAGAGGGAAAAUCAAUGGAACAGUUCGACUCUGACUAUUACAAAGAGCUUCUUCUUGAAAAGACAGUCUGCCCUAAGACUCACUUACUCUGAGCUCUAGCUCUAAUGAGAGAGAAGAAGUGGCAAGAAGCCUUAAUGUAUAUUAAAAAGACAGAAGUUCUAGAUCCUAAUUAUCAAAAAGCCAAAGUGCAGGAAUGUUAUGCAGAUAUCUUUUUCAAUGACAAAAAUGAGCAAUGGGAAACUGUCCAAGACCUCUAUGAUAAAGCUUUAUCGAGGUAUGACAGAGAGCUGCAGUCAAAACUUGAUUGUAACGUUCCCGAUGAAAUUGAGCAAAUCAGGGAAAAUAUCUGAGUCAUCUACAUUAAGAAAGGAAAGUGCUACGAGAAGAUGAAAAUGAUCGAUAAAGCAAUUGAAAUGUACCACGAAGCACUUGAAUAUGAUUCCAAGAAUCCUCUUGCCUAUCUUAGAGUGGGAUGGGCUCAUGUCAGAAAGAAUAAAAUACCUGAAGGCUACCAGUACUUAAAGAAAGGUCUGAAGUACAAAUAAAGACUCAAUAGAAAUGAUGAUCAGACUUACUGAAGUUAUCCUAAUGAUGAAUGAUGAACGUGCUAAAGAGAGACAAGAAAUAGCAAUGAAGUACAUCAACAGCUGACUUGAAAGAGAACCAGAAAAUAUUGAAGCAAUCGUCCUUCUAGCCAGAUUGAAAGAAAAGGAAGGAAAGCUAGAUGAAUCAUACUCUAUUUAUGAGAAAGCGAUCACCAUAGAUUGCACCAGGUCUCAAUCAUUCUAUUAUCUUGCUCAGUUAUGAGAAAGAAGGAAAGAACUUAAAAAGGCUAUUAAAGUUUACAAGCAAUGCUUAUUUCUCGACACUAGAAACUUUGCAUGUGCCAUCAGCCUAGCCACACUGCUAGGCAAUGAGGGAGAGCACCUCAAAGCAGCUAAGUAUUUUAAACAUGCUGUUGACAUCAAUCCUCAAAAUGUGACUGCUAGGUACGGACUUGGUAAGGAAAUUGUCCAAAAUGGAAGCGAUGCAACCGCUGCUGUUGAGCACUUCAAUUAUGUUAUCAAUAAGGAGCCUGAAAAUUACAAAGCAUACUGACAACUUGCGAUAGUAUACCUUGAGAAACAGAAUUUCGACAAGUGCUGUGAAAUGCUGAAGAUCUGACUUUCUCUGAAUAAACAAUAUGUCCUCGGAUUGGUAACUAUGGGUAAUUUGCUAUUUGAAACCGGAAGUCCAUCUCAGUCGAUCAAGUAUCACCAGAAAGCUCUGAAAUAUAAUCCUAAGGAUAUUCAAGCUUUGAUUGGGCUCGGGAAUUCUCUGUAUGAGAAUGGAGAGCCGAAGAAUGCUAUUUUCUACUACAAGAAAGCUAUUGAUAUCGAUGAAACCUUAAGCGAUGUCCAUUACAAUCUUGGAAAUGCCAUGUACCUUAUAGAAGAUACAGAUGGAGCGAUCAAACACUACAGGAUUGCUAUCAAGCUUAAUCCUCAGAAACCAGAGAGCUAUUAUAAUCUAGGAAAUGCCCUCUGAGUAAAAUCUGAUUACGAGCAAGCUAUUAAAUAUUAUAGAGAAGCAAUUGAGCUAGAUGAAUACAAUGCCCCUGCUUAUUAUAAUCUUGGAAAUGCUUACUACAUGAUCUCUGAGUAUGACAAGGCUAUCAAGACUUACUUGCAAGCAAUUCAGCUGAAUCCAGAAAGCGCAGAAUGUCAUUUUAACAUUGCUAGUGCAUAUAAUGACAAAGGUGAUUACAAAAAUGCUUUGAGUCACUACAAAAAGUCUCUGAAAUAUGACAAAGACAAUAUUGAGACUAUGGUGUGAAUAGUCCAGACCUGCAAACAUCUGAAGAAAUAUGAAGAAGCAGAUAGGUUCAUUAAAGAGAUUAAGAAUAUCGAUCCUACCAACGAUAUAAGCUUGAGUAAUAUCUAAAUCCUCAACUUUUAAACUUUCAAUU